AUGGGAGACAUGGGAGACCCACCAAAAAAAAAACGUCUGAUUUCCCUAUGUGUUGGUUGCGGCAAUCAAAUUCACGAUCAGUAUAUUCUGAGGGUUUCUCCGGAUUUGGAAUGGCAUGCGGCGUGUUUGAAGUGUGCAGAGUGUAAUCAGUAUUUGGACGAGACCUGUACGUGCUUUGUUAGGGAUGGCAAAACCUACUGUAAAAGAGAUUAUAUCAGGUUAUACGGCAUCAAGUGCGCCAAAUGCAGCAUCGGCUUCAGCAAGAAUGACUUCGUGAUGCGCGCCCGCGCCAAGGUGUACCACAUCGAGUGUUUUCGCUGCGUGGCCUGCAGCCGCCAGCUCAUCCCCGGCGAUGAAUUCGCACUGCGGGAGGACGGCCUCUUCUGCCGGGCGGACCACGACGUGGUGGAGAGGGCCAGCCUGGGCGGCGGGGACCCUCUCAGCCCCCUGCAUCCCGCUCGGCCGCUGCAGAUGGCAGCAGAACCUAUCUCUGCCAGACAGCCAGCUCUGCGGCCCCACGUCCACAAGCAGCCGGAGAAGACAACCCGAGUCCGGACUGUCCUUAAUGAAAAACAGCUUCACACCUUGAGGACCUGCUACGCUGCCAACCCCAGACCUGACGCCCUCAUGAAAGAGCAGCUGGUAGAAAUGACUGGCCUCAGCCCGAGGGUCAUCAGGGUUUGGUUUCAAAACAAGAGAUGCAAGGACAAAAAAAGGAGCAUUAUGAUGAAGCAACUUCAGCAGCAGCAGCCCAAUGACAAAACUAACAUCCAAGGGAUGACAGGAACUCCAAUGGUGGCUGCUAGUCCGGAGAGACAUGACGGCGGUUUGCAGGCGAACCCCGUGGAGGUGCAGAGUUACCAGCCACCCUGGAAAGUACUGAGUGACUUCGCAUUGCAGAGUGACAUAGACCAACCUGCUUUUCAGCAACUAGUUAAUUUUUCAGAAGGAGGACCUGGUUCCAAUUCUACUGGAAGUGAAGUAGCAUCAAUGUCCUCUCAGCUGCCAGAUACACCCAACAGCAUGGUAGCCAGUCCUAUUGAGGCAUGAGGAACAUUCAUUCCAAUAUCUGUUGUUGUUGUUUCUGCCCUUACCCUCACCCCUGUUGAAGAGAGUGGGAAAGUGAACGUGUUGGGACUUCGAAAUUUAGGGGGAAAGAAUACUUAACAACCCUGUAAC